AGAGAGAGUGACGUGUGGUGCCGGGGAAUCCCGCUGCUCAAGCCGCGUCACAGAGCUCCGAUCCCCGCCUACAGACACGGUGAUCUCCGGCGCCCAUCCACCACACACAACCCAUGCGUUCUCUUGCAUUAAAACCAGACUCCCAUUUUAACUACAUAAUAGCGCUGUGUACAUAAUUGAUUUCUACCAAACAUUAUAGGCAAACAUGUUAAUAAAUGGAGCGAAUUCCCCGUGCAUCCACACCCGAAGAGGAGGGCGCUCCCCCCAGAGCCUAGCCCGGAGAGGAAGGCUCUUAUUCGGUCAGAUGGCGUGCCGCAGUCCGCCCACGCGUUUCUCGCGCCCACACAGCAGCGAAAGGAGCGUCAUUAACUGAGCGCACAGCAGAACAGAGAGACAACAACACAAGAGUUUCAAGAACAUUCACAUCUGCAGAAUAAGGUCUUACAAGCACUGAAAACAACACGAAAUAGGGCGUAAAGGUUGAAGUCUAAUUACAGAACCAAAAAGUUUGACUCGUUUGAGUGGCAGAAGUUUUCACUGGAGGCUCAAGAUUCCGUCUUGAAGACUCUCGAGCUGAUCAUCAGGAUGUCUCUGCCACGAACGCUGGGUGAACUGCAGCUCUACCGAGUUUUACAGCGAGCCAACCUGCUGAUGUACUACGACACCUUCAUCCAGCAGGGCGGCGAUGAUGUCCAGCAGCUGUGUGAGGCUGGCGAAGAGGAGUUUCUUGAGAUUAUGGCUCUUGUGGGCAUGGCUACAAAACCCCUGCAUGUGCGGCGAUUACAGAAAGCGCUGCGCGACUGGGCAUCAAACCCAACGCUAUUCAACCAGCCACUAACCACCAAUGUGGCUCCAUGUGGAGUUCCUCUGCUUAGAAUCGACAGUGCUGGCAGUGCCAACUCAACAAUAAUGGGUGCAAGAAAAUCUAUGAGCAACGGUCAACCAGGAUCUCCAUGUGAAAGAGAGGAAGUUGGCUCCUGCCUUACGCCGCUUAGAGAAAACAGUCCAAAAAGUCCCUGUUCGCAGGCAUCUCCAAUACCUCCAGACCACCAUCUGUACAGGGAAAAGCUGUCCCCGAUGGACUCUCACUGGCUCAGCCCUGAAAUAUACGGAUCUGCAGAUUUAGAUGAAGAUCAACCCGUGCCUCCUUUACCCUUUGCUUGUCAUUCUCGUCUUCUGGGUCCACCAACGCCAACAUCAUCUUCAUCAUCCACUUUGGUCUCUCCGUGGCCUGGAGGUCAGCUGGAUCCGGACACUAUUAAAGCGGUGGAGGACAGCGUGGAUCGGCUUCUGAGGACCAUGCCGCAAGCCGAUCAGACUGAGGUCAAGACGCUUUUGAGACUCAAUAAGAAAAUGGCCAAGACCGUGGGACACAUUUUCAACCUGGAAGCUCAGGACAAGAGCAAAGAGGAGGAGAUCCGCAAAUACAGCCUGAUCUACGGACGCUUCGACUCCAAGAGGAGGGAAGGGAAACAGCUCACACACCAUGAGAUGCUCAUCAACGAGGCGGCAGCUCAGUUCUGCAUUCGAGACAAUGCUCUGUUAUUGCGCAGAGUCGAACUCUUCUCACUAGCGCGACAAGUGGCCAGAGAAUGUGCCUACACGUCUACAUUUAAACACCACAGGACGUACUCAGAGGAUUGUUCUGCCUCCGCCGAGUGUGCCGCUCAGAAGAGGAUCAAGCUUGAUGUCACAGAUUCUGACAGACUGUCGAAGGAUCCAGCGGUCAACAGUGACGUCAGAUCUACAGCAGACGACAACAGUCUUUCUGGAGAGAGUCUGGACAGUUUAACACAAGAGAUGGAGGAGAGGGCAUCCGAGAGGAGAAGUCUGAGUACCAGAAGCAGCAGUCCAGCAAACACCAAAGAUGAUCCAUGAGAACCAGCAGUCCUUCAGUCCCCAUGACGAUCUCAGGUCUCUCCAAGCCGUGUGUGUGUGUGUUCACUUCACUGUUCAUCAUGCCAGGGUAAAGCUGCAGUCAAAGAAUAACAAUGGAAAUCUGCAUUUGUUUGAUGUGCUUUAAGGUAAUUGAUGAUGGUUUAUCAUCCAUUAAAGGAACACUCCAAUGUACUGCCACAUUACAAGGUUUUUGUAGCGAAAAGUACAACACCGACCCAGACAAUGCAGCACUUUAAACCAAUAAAAAUGUUAAUAAAAGUCACUUUUUCAAUCUCUUCGAGGUUAAAAGUUGUUAGAACAAAGAUCAAGAUCCCAUAAUGCAACUCAAAGCAUAAAUAAAUAGUAUGGUCAAUAAAUAUUAUUCACAAAAUACAGAAAACUGUCGACACCUCUCUAGGCUGGAGACUCUAAACCGGAAGCAGUUUGAGUGUUAUAAAUACAUCACUUUCUUUGGUCAAGUUGCUUUGACAUACCAAUAAAUAUGGUGCUAAUUUGGUGUCGAGUAGUUUAGAAAAUGAACCUGCAUCUGUAUCUGUUACCUGAAGCUUCACUCAUUAGUCUAGAUGACACGCUAGUCUUCUUGAUUUGUUGUUUUAAUCCAACUGAUCACAAUGCUACAAUAAACAUACACUAUACUGCCAAAAUCUUGGGGAAAUCUGCCUUUACAUGCACGUCCUGAAAUUGAAGGACAUCCCAGUCUUUAUCCGUAGGGUUUAAUAAUAAGUUGGCCUACCCUUUUUAGCUUGAACUCUCUAGAGAUGUGUGUCUGGAGGAGCAUUUGUGAGGUCAGACGCUGAUUUUAGCCUGGGUCAAAGUCUCUGGUCUAUUUUAUCCCCGAGGUGUUCAUUUGGGUUAAAGUCAGGACUCCGUGCAGGCCAGUCUAUUUUUAUCCACAACAAAAAUCCAUGUCUAUAUGGAUCUAGGCUUGUUGACUAGUGAGUGUUCAUGUUGAACAGGAAUCCCCAUUCCCAAUCUAUUCCUAUAAAGUUGGGAGAAUGACAUUGUCUAAAAUAUGUUGGUAUGCUGAAGCAUCACCAGUUAUUUUCAUCAGAACUAAAGGCAUGGUUCAGUACAGCUAGGUUUCGGGGGCUGGUCCACUGCAUUCUGUACUUAGUACCUGGAACUUAUUUUAGUACUACAUCAGGUGAGGUUUCAAGCAGGUUGUACCAUUACCAAAACAUGACAUGUACACACUGCUGCCGAUCACCGAUUGGUCAGAGAUUUUCAAUUUCACUUCAGUGUGUGAGUCUGGCUUGAAUAAGUUCCAUGUAUUUUUACCAUUCUUUCCCGUGGUAUAACUAACUGAUUUUUAAAUAGCCAACUUUGAUGAAAGGUAUUAAACAUAUGCACUAUAUUGCCAAAACCUUUGGAAAAUCAUUUGUGAAGUCUGGAACUGCGUUUGGAUGUGAAGGCCUGUCUCACAGUCUAAUUCAGCCCAAGGUGUUCAUUUGGGUUAAGGUCAGGACUCUAUGCAGGCCAGUCCAUUUUUUCACAUCAAACUCGCUCAUUCCUGUCUAUAUGGACCUAGGUUUGUUCACUAGUGAGUGUUCAUGUAGAACAGGAAUCCCCAUCUGUUCCAUAAACUGGUCCAAAAUAAAGUUGGGAGCAUGACAUUGUCUAAAACAGGGGUGUCAAACUCAAUUCCUGGAGGGCCGAAGCCCUGCACAGUUUAGUUCCAACCCUGCUCCAACACACUUACCUGUAGGUUUCAAACAAGCCUGAAGCACUGAAUUAGUUUGAUCAGGUGUGUUUAAUUAGGGUUGGAACUAAACUGUGCAGAGCUGCGGCCCUUUUGGAACAGAGUUUGACACCUGUGGUCUAAAAUGUGUUGGUAUGCUGAAGCAUCACCAGUUAUUUUCAUCAGAACUAAAGGCAUGGUUCAGUACAGCUCGGUUUCGUGGGCUGGUCCACUGCAUUCUGUACUGAGUACCUGGAACUUAUUUUAGCACCACAUCAGGUGAGGUUUCAAGCAGGUUGUACCAUUACCAAAACAUGACAUGUACACACUGCUGCCGAUCACCGAUUGGUCAGAGAUUUUCAAUUUCACUUCAGUGUGUGAGUCUGGCUUGAAUAAGUUCCAUGUAUUUUUAUCAUUCUUUCCCGUGGUAUAACUAACUGAUUUCAAGCUAGCCAACUUUGGUGAAACAUACACACUACAUUGCCAAAACCUUUGGAAAAUCUGCCUUUACAUGCACUUCCUAAAAUUUAAUGACAUCACAAUCUUUAUCCGUAAGGUUUAUUAUUGAGUUGGCCCCCCCUUUUUAGCCUUUUUAGUCUAUUAGUCUAAUUCAGCCCAAGUCGUUCAUUUGGGUUAAAGUCAGGCCUCUGUGCAGGCCAGUCCAUUUUUUCCACAUCAAACUCACCCAUGCAUGUCUAUAUGGACCUAGGUUUGUUCACUAGUGAGUGUUCAUGUAGAACAGGCUCAGCUUUAGGGGCUUUUCCACUGCAUUCUGUACUUAGUACCUGGAACUUAUUUAAGUUUACCAUUACCAAAACAUGACAUAAACACAAUGCUGAUCACUGAUUGGCCAGAGAUGAUGGGUAAUGAUUUUGUUCCACGUAUUUUUAUCACUCUAUCCCAUAAUAUGACCAAUUGAUUUCUUUAUAGUCAACUUUGAUGAAAGGUGUUGAGCCAUUUUAAAUGUUGAAAUGUUCACUUAUGGCCAUGGAAGAGAUUGAAGACUUGAAUUCAGUGAUAUGGUGGGCUGUCCCAAAAACAUUAGUCAAUACAGUGUAUAAACCGCUGAAAUACUUUAUUGUGUACAGAGAGCAAAAUGUUUUAUCUUAUGGAUUUUAUUAUUAAUGUGUGAGCUCCUGAACUCAUGGACUCUUGAGAUCGCUGACACUAGUUACUCAUGCAGUGAAUAUUAACAGAAAUUCUUAAUGUUUGUACUUUUUGGAGAUUUCGGAAGUAAUAAACCAUAGGAUGAUUAGUAUUCUCACUGUUUAAAGGUCGAAUGCCUUUAAUAGUGUCUGUAUUCAGUAUUGUCCGUUAUUACAAAUGCAUAUGUGGCCUCUUCAAUGACAGAUUAUUUAUUUUGUUAAUUCCUCAAUAAAUUAUAUUGCCUCACAUUUA